AUGGGUUUCGCGAGCAGCACUUCAAAUCAAUGCGCCAUUCUCAUAUUGCUAUUUUCAGUAAUAUUAUUAACAUCAAGAUCAGCCGAUGCCUCAAUCCACAUCUAUGAUCGAGAUCCAGUCAAAGAAGUCGGCACUGCUUAUUUGCUCUCCGGCGGCAGUGAAGGCGUCGCCGCUUCGCCUGAUAGUCGCUCUUACAUUCGAUUCGAGAACAUCACAUUUUGGAGGAGUAAAGAAGUUGCUGAUCAGCACCCAAAUAUGGCAUACAGCAGUGGGUUGGUUCAAGUUAUAAUAUUUGAGGCUGCUGAUCGUGAUAAUAUUGGUGGAUCUGCUUAUGGUGGACAGAAGUCUAUUUGUUGCACCUCUGAUCUUGCCAAGCUGGAAGGUUGCAAAGAAGGAGAAGUUAUCAGAUCAUCUUCGCCAGCUGAUAAUAACUGGCCGGCUGUUGUGAAUGUUCAUUUUAGAGGAAAAAUGCUAUCCACCCAUAUGAAAAAGAAUAAGGAAGUUAACAUAAAAAGGACUGGGAUGUACAACUUAUUCUUUAUCACAUGUGAUCCGAAACUGAAGGGAAUGAGAGUGACGGGAAGGACAGUGUGGAAAAAUCCUGAUGGCUAUUUACCUGGAAGAAUGGCCCCCCUGAUGAAAUUUUAUGUAUUUAUGUCCAUCGGGUAUGCUAUCCUCAGUCUCAUCUGGUUCUUUCAGUAUGGGAGACAUUGGAAUGAUGUUUUACUACUACAGCACUGCAUUACUUCCGUUAUUGCUCUUGGGUUGUUGGAGAUGACUUUCUGGUACCUAGACUACGCAUACUUUAACAACACGGGAACAAGGCCAGUGGGAAUCACCACCUGGGUUGUGACAAUUGGAGCUAUAAGAAAAACUGUUUCGCGCCUUCUUAUUCUUUCUGUGGCAAUGGGCUAUGGUGUAGUCCGUCCAACCCUUGGUGGUCUUACAACAAAGGUGCUGCUCCUCGGAAUAACUUAUUUCCUAGCAUCAGAACUGCUCAACAUCACCGAGUAUGUGGGAAUUGUAAAUGACAUAGCAGGGCGAGCAAGAGUUUUUCUGGUACUUCCUGUUGCAUUUUUGGAUGCCUUUUUGAUCUUGUGGAUUUUCACUUCUCUUUCAAAGACACUAGAGCAACUACAGGCUAAAAGGAGUUCUAUUAAAUUGGAUAUUUACAGAAAAUUUUCAAAUGCAUUAGCAGUUACAGUUAUUGCAUCAGUUGUGUGGAUAGGAUACGAGGUUUACUUUAAAGCAACAGAUCCAUUCAAUGAGAGGUGGCAGAGUGCCUGGAUUAUCACUGCUUUCUGGGACAUCCUUGCAUUUGCCUUGCUGUGUGUUAUCUGCUAUCUCUGGGCCCCAUCACAAAGCUCCCAGCGUUAUGCAUAUUCGGAUGGCAAGGGAGACGAGAUGGACAAUGAAGAAACCGAAUCCUUAUGUAGAGAAACUCCGAAAGUUAUCAGUUUAGUGAAGCAAGACAGGAAGGAUGACAUCGAGACAUCCGAUCCAGAAGAAGAAACAGAAGAGGGUAAAAGAGAAUGA